AAACCAAUGGGAAGCAAAACCUGACCCUGCCAGAGACCCAGAUCGACGGGCUCCUGGCUGCACGAAAGCACCAUGUGGAGGACAGCAGCCUGCCUUCCCGUGGUGUACCUCUUAAUUCGUCUCCACCCUGCAGGGUGCUUUUCAGGAGACAAUGACCACUUCUUGGCCAUCCAUCAAAGAAGGAGUGGGAAGCCAAUGUUCAUUUAUCAUCAUGUGCAAAGUGUUGAGAAAAGUUUGGAUACAAGUGAUCAGAAGAGUUAUGGACUGAAAUCUCAUUUGUCUUCCCAUGCAAAAAUAAGCAAGCUGCAUCCAGCUAUUAUGCUUAAGUCAACAUUCUCUAGACCUGCAUAUGACCCAUCUCUCAAUCUCUUAGCUAUGACGGGUGAGGACCAGGAAGUGGAAAAUCUAUCAGUUCCAGCAACAAAUGUGAUUACUAUGACUCUGCAGAUGGAUGUAAACAAGCUGAACAUCACGUUGCUUCGGAUUUUCCGCCAAGGAGUGGCUGCUGCUUUAGGACUGCUGCCUCAGCAAGUGCACAUCAACAGACUCCUUGGAAAAAAGAACUGCGUUGAACUGUUCAUAUCCCCGGUAAAUAGGAAAGGAAGUUUUGAAACAGUACCAUCAGAAGAAGUCUUGCAGUCACUUAAUAUCAAUGUUCUACAACAGAGUUUAUCCCAGUUUGGGAUUACUGAAGUUUUCCCAGAGAAAAACGUGUUGCAAGGCAAGCAUGAAUCGGGUAAACUCUGGACCCAAGAAGGAUUUUAUGCUGUCAUCAUAUUUCUCAGCAUCUUUGUUAUUAUUGUGACAUGUUUGAUGGUACUUUACAGACUGAAGGAGAAAAUACAAUUUUCACGGAGACAAGAUAAGAACAAAAAACAGGAAAUACACCUUUCAUCCAUCCCUCUGCAGCGACCUCCCUCUGAAUAUAAGCUGGCAAACAGAAUGGUCCAGCCAGAACAGCCUCCUAAAGUUGGAAAUGACACAGUAGACCCACAAGGGCAGUGGGCUCCUGAACUCAAGCCCACUCUUUCAGCCAGCCCAUCACCAUUCAAAAUGAAGCCAGUGGGGCUUCAAGAAAGGCGGGGAUCCAAUGUCUCACUCACCUUGGACAUGAGCAGCUUGGGAAGUGUUGAACCUUUUGUGGUGGCCCCAACACCAAGAGAGAAAGUUGCAGUGGAGUAUCUCCAGUCAGCUAGCCGGGUCCUGACAAAGCAGCAGUUGCAAGACACGGUUGCAAGUUCACAUUUACUUCAAACAGAAUUCAUGGAAAUUCCAAUGAAUUUUGUGGAUCCUAAAGAAAUUGACAUUCCUAGUCAUGGAACUAAAAAUCGCUAUAAGACUAUUCUGCCUAAUCCUAUAAGCAGGGUGUGUUUGAAACCAAAGAAUCCUGAUGAUGCCCUGAGCACCUAUAUAAAUGCUAACUACGUUAGGGGAUACGGUGGCCAAGAAAAAGCCUUCAUUGCAACCCAAGGGCCUAUGAUUAAUACAGUGAAUGACUUCUGGCUGAUGGUGUGGCAAGAGGAUGGUCCUGUCGUUGUUAUGAUCACAAAACUGAAAGAGAAAAAUGAGAAAUGUGUGUUGUACUGGCCAGAGAAGAGAGGGAUAUAUGGAAAAGUGGAAGUGCUUGUUAACAGCAUGCAAGAAUGUGAGAAUUAUACUGUCCGCAGUCUUACAUUAAAGCAAGGAAGCCAAUCAAAAUGUGUCAAACAUUAUUGGUACACAUCCUGGCCAGAUCACAAAACCCCAGAUAGUGCUCAACCUCUUCUACAGCUCAUGUUGGAUGUAGAACAGGACAGGAUGGCAUCAGCCAGGAGGGGGCCUGUAAUUGUGCACUGCAGUGCUGGAAUAGGCAGAACUGGAUGUUUCAUUGCUACUGCCAUUGGUUGUCAUCAGCUGAAGGAAGAGGGAGUUGUUGAUGCUUUAAGUAUUGUCUGUCAACUACGUUUGGACAGAGGUGGGAUGGUCCAAACAAGUGAGCAGUAUGAAUUUGUGCAUCAUGCAUUGAGGCUGUAUGAAAGCAGGCUGUCCGCAGAAGUCGUCCAAUGAAACAAAGAAGGAAGAACCAAAUGUGUGAUUUUCUUAAGGUAAUUUGUUUCAUUACCUACCAGCAGCUUCUUCAAGGAGUUUACAGCAGUCAAAGGAGAGGCAGCCAACUUGUACAAGGAAUAUGGCCGUUUUUAAAAAAAUGGAAAAGAUUGAUGGACCCUUGUCAUGAAUGUAUAGUGAGUUCUCUGAAACAGUUUUAAUGAAGGUUAAUGUACUGAUGUUACAUUUGGAUUACACAUAUAUACAUUAUGGAGGAUUUAUUACUGUAUUAAUGGAAUAUGCUACAGUGAAUGUACAUAACAUUAUGUAUAUGUGUUCUGCAACAGUUGGACACUGAGGAGAUGUGUAUAAAUGCUUUUCCUGUUUGCAAAGUCUGUCUUGUGAAUAGGCUGUCAGAUGUUCAGCUGUACCUGUUAAGUGCUAUUACCUAUUACAUGGUAAACUCAAUUCAGAGCCACUUACAAUUCUCAUGACUGAAUGCCUCAAGGGAUCAAUGAUUGGUUCAAAAGGAAACAAAUAUUUAAAAACCCAGAUGGGAAAAGAAUCGUUUGUUUUUGAAACCAGUCAGAAAUUAAUUUGCAUUUUGUAGGACAAGUCACUGCAGCAAAUACCAUGAUAUAUUUUACAUGUAUUGAAAAUUCUGUUUUAUUGAGCACAUUGUUGAGCACAAUGGUUGCAAUAAAAAGGAAACUUGUCCAGUGCAAGCACCAUUAAAAGUUAUGAAAGACGCCUGCAUUUCAAUGGGCGCAUUGCAUUCUAAUGAACUUUCUACUCAUUUCAGUGGGAUUUGUGUGAGAGAAUUUCCCAAUGGAUCAAGUUCAGUGUCUGUUAUUCAAUGUUAUGCAUUUAUUCCGCACGGUUAAUUGUCUUAGAAGCAGCUUCUUGCUCCGGGGCAGAACCUAGUGUACUUGUAAACUCAUGUGAGUAAUUUUACUUUUGAAAAGAAACUUUGUAACAUAUUAAAUGGUAAACAUUUGAAGUUUUUGCCAGUCUUUUCCUAAAUAAUUAUUUAAAAACAAACAAACAAAAGAUAGAGAGGAGGGAGAGAAGCUAUGAACAUUUCAAUUUCUGGCCAUGAGAGGAUGGAUGUUUUGGAGAACAAAAGAGCCAAAAGCCAGAUGAAAACUGAAGAUUUCUCCAUUAUGGCAGUGAUUUGUUCGAACAGAAAAAGGUUACACCUCCUUUUGGCAAGAACUAAGCAAAAUUAACUGGGGGAGUGCCUGAACACAGAAUCUAAUAAUGAGUUUUUAAAAGCAACAAUGUUAUCUUUUAUUUAGAAAGCUAAUAAACUUGAUACAAAAUA